AUGAAAACUACAAUAAUUUUGUUGUACAAAUGGAGGAUUGUAAUAUAUUUGGUUAUUCUCUGUUGUCUGUAUAUAUUCCUAUGGUGUCUGACGCCUUCUGAGUUUGUUUCAGAAUUUAUAAAGACUGACGAACCUCACGAGUGUGUUGCAGAUCGCCUUAAACCAUUUGCAAAAAAAAUAAAAGAUCUAGACGCAUUUAUAAUUCAGCCGGAAAACACACAGAGCAGUCUUCUUACAUUUACGGGGAAUGGUUUCAUUGGUUGUUCUUUCCAAGAAAAUAACAUAUUGAUUCACAAUAACGGGUUUUUAUCUCAAGGCACCAAGAUACCUGCACUGAUCACACUAGAUGUUCAUGGAUAUGUCAAUUUCAAAGCACUACUACUUGAUAUCCGGGACGGAUUGAUGCAUAAAAUGAGCUGUUUCAAGCAUGUGAAUGAACUAUGUGUAUCUUCCGGUACAACGGUGUACGCUCAUCGUCGGUAUCCAAGCCUUCUGAUUCAAACAUUUCGUGUCUACAAUCCUAUGGACUGGGAUAACACUGUCAAAAUUGAUAAAGGUAACCUAAGGAAUUGGACAGAACUUGUUUCGUUACGUUUUAUUCGGUAA